AUGCAAAAAAACAAAUCUAGCCCAAACACAACUUCAGAAUUUAGCAAAGAUAAUCCCUAUAUCUCUAACUCUGCAGAAGAUACUGAAAAGUCUAAUGACUUAGCAAUGCCAGAAAGUACCUCUACCUCUCCAGCUAACUUGAACCAACCUUCCUCAAAGUUACUUGAAGAAAACUCAGUUCAAAAUAACCAAGAAGAUAACUUAGAAAUCCAAGAGCAAAUGAUUACUAAACCCUUCUCCUCCACUCCUUCAAAAGCUGUGAAUGAGAACUCAAAUACUGAGCAAGACUCAGACUCUAUAGAAAUCAAUGCAGAUAGUGACUCGAAAGAGGAACCUUUCACUAUCACCAUCUCAAAGAAAUCUAGAAAAAUGAUAAAAAAGAGAGAUCAAAGCUAUCCUAAAUCAACUGGAUCACUAAGAAAAAGAGACCUCUCUUCUGAUAAUGAAAUGAAGGGCAAACGCCAUCAGGAGUAUUAA